AUGCCUGAUGGUCUGAAUGACAUAAAUGUUUUGCACCGCUCUAACAUUUUCGGCAGGCUAACGAACAAGACUGCACUGCCUGUGUCAUACACCAUUAAUAGUAACACUUAUGACAUGUGCUACUACCUAGGUGAUGAAAUUUACCCUGAAUGGGCGAUCAUAGUCAAGGCAAUUUCAGCACCAAGGGGGAACAAGAGCGUGCAUGUCUCCGUCCUACAAGCAUCAACAAGGAAAGAUGUUGAACUCGCAUUUGGUGUCCUGCAGGCUAGGUUCGCCAUAAUUUGCAGUCUAGAUAGAAUUUGGAAGCAAAACACACUUCACAACAUUAUGACCGCGUGUGUCAUAAUGCACAACAUGAUAAUUGAGAACGAGAGGGGCUCCGAUCAAGAGGAGGUGUAUGAUUAUAUGGGCGAGAAAGUAAGAUUGGGUCGCGAUCCAAACCAAGAUGUCCUCCGGUAUAGAAGUAACUCAAGCAAUAAGGAACUGAGUAUUGCACCACCAACUGUGUGA